GCCCGUGAACCUCGCAUGAUACCUCGAUGCGCAUGCUGUGGCAAGUAUCAAUACGUUACCGGAUCCUGAUAAUUGGAUCCACCGGAUCGGAGAGACCCGUGGCGCCAUAAAGGAAGGUGUACAACAAUGCAAUCUCCUCGCAAGCUAUUCCACGCGCGUCCAUCACUCGCCACGCGCCGAUCGACGGCUCUCAUCGUAUUAACCUCCCUAGCUAUCGGAAUCGCCGGAUUCACAUUCGGACUCGCCGUGAUUCUCUUCCCGGCUCUCCGAUUAACCGGCCGUAAUUGCUUGACGAACGCUUCUCCGAAGACGGUGCGAGUCGUUUGGGACGUCGUUGGGAACAGUAAGGGGGUUGGUGGCGGCGACGGGAAGAGGCAUAAGGUUAUGGGAUUCGUCGGUAUUCAAACCGGAUUUGGAUCCACUGGCCGGAGACAAGCACUUAGGAAGACGUGGAUGCCGUCAGAUCCAGAAGGACUUCGACGCUUGGAGGAAUCUACAGGAUUGGCCAUUAGGUUUGUGAUAGGAAAGACCAAGAAUGAGCAAAAAAUGGCUGAGCUCAGAAAGGAGAUCGCAGAGUAUGAUGACUUCGUACAGCUAGAUAUAGAAGAGGAGUACAGUAAGCUCCCUUACAAAACUUUGGCUUUCUUCAAAGCUGCAUAUGCGCUUUACGAUGCUGAGUUCUAUGUCAAAGCUGACGAUGACAUAUACUUGAGGCCAGAUCGACUCUCUCUGCUAUUGGCGAAAGAGCGGACUCACUCUCAAACAUACCUAGGAUGCUUGAAAAAGGGUCCAGUUUUCACAGAUCCUAAGCUCAAAUGGUAUGAACCAUUGUCUCAUCUGCUGGGAAAAGAAUAUUUUCUUCAUGCUUAUGGCCCUAUCUAUGCUCUCUCUUCUGAUGUAGUAGCAAGUUUGGUUGCCCUGAAGAAUAACAGUUUCAGGAUGUUUAACAACGAGGACGUAACAAUAGGUGCGUGGAUGCUAGCAAUGAACGUCAACCACGAGAACCAUCACAUCCUUUGCGAACCAGAAUGUUCUCCUUCCUCUGUUGCUGUUUGGGACAUCCCCAAGUGCUCAGGUCUUUGUAAUCCAGAGAAGAGAAUGUUGGAACUUCACAAACAAGAAAGCUGCUCCAAAAGCCCGACUUUGCCAUCAGAUGAUGAGUGAUCUUAUCCCACUUCUUGGACCAAUACCCGCAACAAGAUUGCUUCACAGAGAUUACUCUGGCUCUGCUAUUUGCUUUGUAUCCGAUCUUACAAGAGUGAAAGUUCUGAUUAUUGUUUUGAAUCGCGGAAGAAAGUUGGAGGAUUUUUGUCAGAGCCAGUAUAAUAGUAUAUAGACACUCCUAUACCAUGUUUUGUUGUGGUUUACGAUGAUUUUCAAAAUUAUAGUGAACCAAAGUCUAGUCCAUUUUGUUUGUUUCUUUUCUCUUUUGUUAACAUUAAAGACUAUAAUCUUUUUUUGGCGCAACA